AUUCCUUUCUUUUUCCGCUGCUCAACUAAUAAAUCUCCUCUUUCCUGUCCAAUUUCUUCCACCUCAAGCGAUCCAAAAUCCCCAAUUCUCUGUCUUCUAACUUAGGGUUAGGGUUCUCAAUCCCUCCGAUCUCUCUAACUCAUGGGCGGAGACGGCGACGGCGAUUCCUCCACCGCCACCGUCAACAUACGGUACUCCAACGGGUCCAAGAUCGCCGUGGAGACGCCGCUCGAUGCAACGGUGGAGACUUUCAAGGCGCUUCUCGCCGAGAAGUGCGAUGUGCCGGCCGCGCAGCAGAGGCUGAUCUAUAAAGGCCGGAUCUUGAAGGACGAUCAAACCCUAGCAAGCUAUGGUGUUGAAAACGAUCAUACUAUUCAUUUGGUUCGUGGAGCUGCAGCACAACCAACCCUGGCUAAUACUAAUGCAGGAGCAGGCAACCUUGGGGCUUCAGGUACUGGAAGCAAUUCGGCAGUUACACGAGGUGUAGGUGCUGGUCUUGGGGGAGAAGGUCUUGGUAGUUCAUUGUUUCCUGGUCUUGGACUCAAUGGUCUGGGCAGCACUGGUGGUUCUGGUUUAUUUGGACUUCCAGAGCUUGAUCAGAUGCAGCAACAGCUAAGUCAGAACCCUAACAUGAUGAGGGAAUUAAUGAACUUGCCCGCCAUCCAAAACAUGAUGAACAACCCUGACAUAAUGCGCAACUUGAUUAUGAACAAUCCUCAAAUGAGGGAAAUAAUAGACCGAAAUCCUGAACUUGCACAUGUACUUAAUGACCCCAGCACUCUUAGGCAGACUCUGGAAGCUGCAAGGAAUCCUGAAAUUAUGAGAGAAAUGAUGCGCAACACAGAUAGAGCUAUGAGCAACAUCGAAUCUACCCCAGAAGGAUUUAAUAUGCUAAGGCGCAUGUAUGAAACUGUUCAGGAGCCAUUUCUGAAUGCCACAACAAUGGCAGGGGAGACUGGAAAUGGGGCAGGGUCAAAUCCAUUCGCAGCCCUUUUGGGGAACCAAGGCACUACACAGACCACAGAUCGGUCAACGAACUCAACAACUGCUGGUUCUGAAGCAACUGCUGGGUCUCCUGCUCCGAAUACCAAUCCACUGCCUAACCCUUGGGGAAACACAGGAGGUACGCAACCAAACAAUGCAAGAUCUGUGAGUGAAGCCAGAGCACCUGGCAUUGCUGGGUUAGGCGGCCUUGGAAUACCAAACUUGGAGAGUCUGGCUGGCAGCAUGCCUGACCCUUCCACCUUGAGUCAGGUUAUGCAAAACCCGGCAAUAAAUCAAAUGAUGCAGAGUCUUAUUUCCAACCCUCAGUAUAUGAAUCAGGUUCUUAGUCUGAAUCCCCAGCUGCAAACUGCAAUGGACUCUAAUCCCCAGCUAAGGGAGAUGUUGCAAAAUCCAGAUUUUAUUCGCCAGAUGACUAACCCUGAAACAAUGCAGGUUGACUUUAAUUACCAAGAGAUUCUAUUUCAUAAAGUUCAUCAACCAAGUAGAUCUUUUCCCUGUCGUUUAUUAUCAUGUCAUUGUACUGCAGGGAUGCCAAACAUGGAUUUCUUGAUGAACAUGUUCGGGGGACUUGGUGCUGGUGGUCUCGGUGUGCCCAAUCCCUCCAAUGUUCCACCAGAAGAGUUGUAUGCGACACAGCUAACCCAGCUCCAGGAAAUGGGUUUCUUCGACACUCAGGAAAACAUUCGUGCACUCAGCGCCACAGCUGGAAAUGUUCAUGCUGCAGUGGAGAGGCUUUUGGGAAACCUUGGUCAGUAAAGACUCUCAUCACGCGGUGCAGAUACUAGUCGCAAAUGGGUCUCAAUGAUUAUCAUUUCUCCUAUAUAUUUUCCUUCAAGAAAAGCCAGGACAAGCAGUUAUUCACUUCCUAUUUUUUAGCGUGGGAGGGAUUAGAGGUAUUGGUUAAAAGAGGUUUGAACUUUAUGUACUCCUGUGGAAGUUAUGGGUUGCUUCUUUUUUCGUUUUUCUUUCCUCCCAUCUUCUUUCUCUUUUUAUGGAUAUGCUCUAUUAAAAAACCCAGGAUCUUUGUAAAUACAUACUUUUAAUACUUUGUGAAUUGUCUAUAUUCGACAAAUUGGGUUGAUUACUGAAUAUGUUUUAGUCUUGUCA